UUACUAUGAGCCCUGGUCCUCGUUCACACGUCAUUUAACGUCGUAUUAUUUAUUUAUUUUCCCCAUUUUUCUAUUUCUAAACAUUCUUCUCUUCUUAAUUCUCACACAAAAAUCCUAGAAGCAGCAGCUAUUCUUUUCUUCUGCUGAAAACAAAGGAGAUUUUUGUUGCGUUGGAGUACGUAGUAAUGGGAUUUCUUUUUGAGAAUUGGUCGAAGUUUCAAAGAUUCCUAGCCGUGAAACUUCAUCCUUGUCUAGUUUUCAGUGUGCAGAGGUUAGCAUAAGAAGCUCGCCUAACUGGGGCUAUGGGCUGUUUUCAGUUCUCAAAUGGAGAAAAGAAGGCACUACACAACUCUAAGAAGUCCAAAUCCACUCAGUCUGGUAGCACAACAUCAAGCCGUGAUACAAAGAGAUCGAGUUCAGAGUUCAACUCCCGAAAUGUUUCAGACAUGAGCAGUGAAUCUAUAGGGAGGUCUCCUUUCCUUAGUUUCUCUCAGAGGUCAAACAAUCUUAGGAUAUUCACUUUUUCAGAGCUCAAGAAUGCUACAAGGAAUUUUAGCCGUGCCCUCAUGAUUGGAGAAGGUGGAUUUGGAUGUGUUUAUAGGGGAAUGAUUAGGAUUUCAGAGGAUCCAAGUAGAAAGAUCGAGAUUGCAAUUAAACAGCUCAACCGAAAAGGGCUGCAGGGGCAUAAGGAAUGGUUGACAGAAGUAAAUGUUCUUGGGGUUGUUGAGCAUCAUAAUCUCGUAAAGUUAGUGGGCUAUUGUGCUGAAGAUGAUGAAAGAGGACCACAACGGCUUCUUGUUUACGAAUAUAUGCCUAAUAGAAGCGUAGAAGAUCAUUUAUCAAAUAGAAUGAACAAACCUCUUUCAUGGGAUAUGAGAUUGAGGGUAGCUCUUGAUGCUGCUCGUGGCUUGACAUAUUUGCAUGAAGGCAUGGAUUUUCAGAUUAUUUUUCGAGAUCUGAAGACAUCAAACAUUUUGUUGGAUGAGAAUUGGAACGCAAAAUUGUCAGACUUUGGAUUGGCUCGAGAGGGACCAGCCGAAGGGCUAAGUCAUGUUUCAACAGCAGUCGUGGGAACCGCUGGCUAUGCAGCUCCAGAGUACAUGCUAACGGGCCGCCUCACUUCAAAGAGUGACAUUUGGAGCUAUGGUGUUGUCCUCUACGAGCUCAUCACAGGCCGAAGACCAAUGGACAGAAACCGACCAAAGAGCGAGCAAAAGCUAUUGGAGUGGGUCAAACCCUACAUAUCCGAUCCUAAGAAGUUUCCUACGAUCAUGGACCAAAGGUUAGCAGGACAUUGCUCUGUGAAGUCUGCGAUGAAGCUCGCUGCUGUAGCUAAUAGAUGUUUGCUUCGUCAGCCCAAGUCUAGGCCUAAGAUGAGCGAGGUUCUUGAAAUUAUACAAAGCAUUGUGGAAAACGAGGAGAUUGGAUGCCCACAAAGUCCGUUGAGGAGUAACGUGACGGAGGAAGUGAAUUCGAAGGAAAAGAAAGGGUUUAAGUUGAAGAGAAGGACUGGGGAUUUUGCGUUAUGGGGGUGGACGCCGAAGCUUAUAAAGACACAUUGAUGGAGAGGGUAAACGGGGCCAAAAAAAGAAAAAAAAAAAGAGAAAAAGUGAAAUAUGUAUACAACUGAGAGUGUAAUAGUAGAGCCUGUAAAUGGAAGUGUCCUUGCUUUUCCUCGUCAACUUACAUCCUAUAAACUUUUAUGCUUAUUACAUAUUAAUAAAGUUAAUCAUCCUGCUU